AUGCAACAGGUACGUAAGUUGACUAAUCACAGGAUUUGCGAUUUUCAUUAUUGUCUGCGUGAACCCAUGAGGCUGUGCCGUUUGGCAGGAUUAUUUCCAGUUGAUGGACUUACCAACUCAUCUGUUUUCUCUUUGAGGUUCAGUCUUAAAUUCCCAUACAUAUUGUUCCACGCUGCUUCGGUUAUUGGAAUAACAAUAACAACGGGAUUCAGUGUCAUCUGGUUUUUUCUAAGUCCUUUCAGUUUAAAUACAUUAAGUAUUGCAUUGUUUUAUGUGACUGGUUUAUUAAGCACAGUACUAUUAAUUCAUCUCGCAAUGAAUUGGUCGAAGCUAAUUAGGAGAGUGCUUGAAAUCGAAGUUAAUUUAGUGGAAAUACGAAGAGCAAAAACGGCGUUUUGGAAAUACAAUACCAUUACUUACAUGAUAAUGUUCUUAGCAUUACUUGAACAUGCAAUGUCGAUAAUUUCAAAAAUUACGAGUGUAAUGAGCGAUUUAAAUGAAUCAAGGGUAACCUAUAAUGUUCUCGAUAAAUAUUUCUUAAGUUGGGCACCAUUCAUAUUUGAUGUAACAUCUUACAGUUUGUGGAAAUCUAUUCUAUUUAAGAUCGCAAAUACGCAGGCGACAUUUGCUUGGAACAUUACAGACGUGAUGACGAUGUGUGUAAGCAUAUAUUUAACUUCGUACUUUCAGGAUUUAAACGAAAUCAUCAAUAAUCAAUACAAAUCAAUGUCCUGGGAGAAAUUACGCAUCUUGUAUUCACAACUUGUGGCCCUCGUGAAAGAAAUAGACUCCAGAUUCUGCUAUCUUAUACUGUUAUCGUUCUUCACUAAUCUGUUCUUCAUCUGCCUGCAGCUAUUCAAUACUUUAAACUCCAUUCACAGCACCGUAUACCUAUUAUACUACCUUUACUCCUUCGUGUUUCUAAUCACUAGAGCGACUGUGACGUGUUUGUUAGCAGCAAACGUAAACAAAGCUGCACAAGAGCCCAUGUUUGUUGUUGGAUAUGUCCCCGCAUCUGACUACACGCUUGAAGUGCAGCGAUUCAACCGUCAGAUCCGUUACACCACGACCGCUUUAAGUGGAGUGUAUUUUUAUGUGACACGUAGCACUUUACUUUAUGUUGUUGGGACUAUAAUAACAUAUGAAUUGGUACUUCUACAAUUUAAUUUAGAAACCGCAGAUGAUGCUGAUUUAAAUAAUAAUGGGACUUUGUACAAAUAUAUGAAAAUGACGGUUUAA